CCCUUGAGUCGUUAUCGGAGUCCGGCUUAUCGGUCAGGGGGAGAUCCAGACCAUCAGACGACACUUUCGCUUGCCAUGCAAUUUAACCAGCAAGCAUCCAGACCUUGUCUUGUACUUCUACCCCCAGCUGAAAGUCGCUUUGCACCACCGUCUCCCAUGUGAAGGCUUUCUCUUCCUCACUCUCCUUCCCAACCCGCUUCCAAUAUCUCCAAGCCACAGGAGAAUAUCAAGGCAAGGAAGGACGUGAUUCGCAGACGACGAAUUCGAAAACAAAAGCACAAGUCGGCAUGGCCAUUAUUCAUCGACUAAUGCGAUAUUAACAAUGGCGCCUUCCUACUACAACUCCCACUCGCACUCUUCUAGCCGCGACCAUUUCCUCGAACAGCCGUCCUUCCUUUCGCGCAUACUGCUCAGUCUUCCACCGAGUCUAGCAGCGCAAAUGCAACGACUCUGGAGCUACGCGUCUACGAACAGGCAGGCAUACACGCCAGUCUCGACAGCGACACCGCAUUCACGAGUACCGCGCCGCUGGCAGAGAUGGCAUCCGCGGCAGCUACUGAGCCUCCCUCAUUUGUUUGUGCUGGCUUGGGUGUUGGCUUUGCUGUGGGGUGAAAGAUGGGUAUUCCAGAGCAGUGUACAGAGUUGUAGUUGGGGAUCUUGGGAGAGAUGGCCUAAGGAAGCAACGCCGCAUCACUUGAUCCUCAUUGCUGAUCCCCAGCUCAUUGACCCUCAUAGCUAUCCAGGGCGGCCCUGGCCACUGGACAAGUUCACGAUGAUGCAUACGGACAAUUACAUGAAGAGGUCCUAUAUAUCCCUGCAGAAGAUGCUGCAUCCUGAUACGAUCUUCUUUUUGGGAGAUCUUUUUGACGGGGGCCGGGAAUGGAAAACUGCUCACGGAAACACGAAUGAUCCAUCCUGGGCGAACGGACAACGACCGUCGUACGAGCAGGGCUUUGUGGAAACGUGGGGCAAGAGAUAUGGUGAGGAUUUCUGGUUACAUGAGUAUGAUCGAUUUGGGAAAAUCUUCUACGAUUUCUGGAACUUGGCGGGAUCGAAAGCUGGAGCGUGGCAGAGAGGGAGGAAGAUUAUAUCAACAUUACCAGGGAAUCACGAUUUGGGCUUUGGAGAUAAGAUCAAGCUCCCAAUACGGAACAGGUUCGAAACGUAUUUUGGAGAAGGCAAUAGGGUGGAUGUCAUUGGGAACCACACCUUUGUCUCGAUCGACGCAGUAUCUCUGAGUGCUCGGGGUUCAGAGCAUGAAGACAAGGAUAUCACAAAACCAGUGGAGGACUUUCUAGACAAGGUUCAGAGCAUGAAGAGAAAAGCUGUUGCCCGCGAGCUCAGUAUAAUAGCAGGAGAUGAGAAAGUCCUGAAGUAUCCUCACAAAGUGGAGGAUGUAGAGAAAGCCGAUUUCAAGAAUCGACCAACGCUCGACCCAGGCCCAGAUGCACCAGAACUCCCGACAAUUCUGCUCACACAUGUUCCCCUCUACCGAGAACCAGGGACUCCUUGUGGACCAAAAAGGGAACACUGGCCUCCGGAAACACCACCAAAGGGGCAGCUUGGCCCCGUGAUACCAGAUCACCGCAAUGCCAUUUCCAUCUCAAGAGGCUAUCAAUACCAGAAUGUCCUGAGUGAGACAGAUUCAGUCAAAGUGAUCAAGAGUAUAGGGAACGUAGGGCAUGUGUUCUCUGGCGAUGACCACGAUUACUGCGAAAUCGUACAUUCCGAUGCGAAGAAUAACGCUCGCGAGAUUACGGUCAAGAGCACCAGCUGGGCCAUGGGCGUCCGAAAGCCAGGUUUCCUCAUGCUCAGCAUGUGGAACCCUAUCGAUGCCUUCGGCGUACCGUUGCACUCGACACCGUCCGGCCAUCGAUCUAUUUCCACUGGGCACUUGACAAUUGAGAGCCACCUCUGUCUCCUCCCAGAUCAGCUAGACAUCUUCAUACGCUACGGGCUCCUGAUAGGACUCACGAUCCUCGCCAUCGUCAUUCGCGCAAUCCUAACCCCAAUUCUUCACCUCGAACCCUUUGGCGCUUCAGCAUCCUCACCAGGAGAAAAGGACUCCGGUUUGUCUAUCCUCCCAACCACCAAGCAAGACCUCAAACGCUCCCCCUCCGCCACAGAAAUGGCACAACACCGUGCCUCAACUUCCAACUCCUCCACCUCAUCUACACACUCCAACCCCACCGCUGGUCUUGCACCUCGAUCGUCAGCCGCGCGUACACGCAGCAUCAGUCCCGCGACAGGCUACGGCUUACCAGCAUCGCAAGUGGGGUUCGCUACGCCUCCAUUGAUGAACGGUGCUGGGAGUUACCCUUCUUUAGCGAAGAGCAAUGGAUCCUCGACAAGGUAUCUUGAUGAUUUUGGAAAGAAGAGAAGUGAUUUUGUAAUUGGAAAGCAGAGGACGCCCUUGGGUGUUAUUUGGAGGGAAGUUUGGACGAGUACGUGGCGUAUCACAUGGAUUGCGGUCUUGGUGUAUUUGUACUUGGCAAGGUAUGGAUGAGCUUGUAACUCGAUGUUGGAUUCGAUAUGAAACGAUAAGAUAGGGAAGGAAGGAGACAAAACGACGUUCCAAAGCCCAGCUCUGCACUUGCGAAUCAUGACUCCCACAGCUACACAGAGCGCAUUCCAAGGCAAGGAUCACAAAAGCAGCGGUCAUGAGGACGGGGCCGGUUAAAAACUGCAGAUUUCAAUUUUUCUUCUUGUACUAUAUACUUGGAUACGAUACCAGCUCUUGGGUUAGGUGAUUGUUCACGCAAGCAUGGGAUGGCGUUUCUUUAUGCCUUGCUGGCUCUCUUUUGGAUCGAUGCGGGGAGUGUAGGAUCAUUGUUAUGGACGUGUGUGACUGUGUAGAGAUACGAUAUACCUACUCUGAAGAAUGCAAAGCCCAAUUGAUGUUUCCGGACUCCAUCGUAUUAGCUGCUAGGGAUUAUGUGAGAAAUGUAAGCAUAUGAACUUACACAGAUA